CAAAAGCUUCAUUUUUUUUUUGCAACGGAAAUACUACAAAAAAAAGUAGCCAAGUGGAAGUAAAGUGUAAACUUGUGUUAGAAAUCGGCUGUGAGUGUGCGUGUGUAUGUGUUAGCCCACCAAAGAAAACAAAUUAAGAAAAAAAAAAGCAAAGAAAAAACUAAAGUGACAUCACACCGCAACGGAACCUUCCAGACCUUACUCCUCUCCAAAAACCAAAAAAGAACAACAACCAACCCAUCCAUCCAGCCCCUCACCGUGUCCACUUAGCAACAAUCACGAAAGAUUUCAAAAAACAAUAAACGUCAAAAUUAUUAAUUUCGAUUAGAAAAAAACGUAAAUUUUGUUUUUGAAUUUUGGUCGCCUCUGCCGAGACGAGACGCAACUUGAAGCCAAUAUGAAGCCAACUGUGAUAGCAGCUAAUCAGGCCCAAGCCAAUGCGUCCUCCAAUGGCAGCAAUGGCGCUGGCAAUGGGUCAGGCAUUAAUAUACCCAUCAAUCGGGAGUACAUAAAUGCUGGACACGGCUCACCGCAUCAGCAGCAGCAACAUCCACACCAGCAGCAGCCGCAGCAGCCGGGAUAUCAUCCUCAUCAACAAUUUCAGAAUACUUAUCCUCAGCCAGGCUAUGGUUCGCCCAGACAAAAUCAACAGCAGCCCCAACAUUUUCAGUCGACUUUUGGUUUCGAGCCGGACAUGGAUAUGGAUAUGGAUAAUAUGUUUCAGCGCUCACGUUUGGGGCGCAUGCAUCACGAUCCCUUUGCCGGAUUUGGUGGUGGCCCAACAACACGUAAGCGGAAUAGUUUCCAUCAUACCCCCAAUGUUGCCGAUGUUGAUGAUGAAUUUUCUUCCUAUUUUGAUGACGCUGCAGACUUUGGCUUCCCCCAAUUCUCGACAAUGGGCAGACGUGGUCGCGCCACCGGCGGUGGUGCCAAUCCCAUAACCCAUGAUGAUGAUGACUUCUUCCAUAGACUGCCAUCGGAGUUUCGUCAGUAUAUACCAGAGGGUUUCGCUGCCAGGCGAGCAGCCGGCGGCGGUGUCAAUGCCGGCAACGGAAGUCCCGGAGCCGGUGGCACGCCAACACAGCAGCAAUAUUAUCCACAGGUGCCCCAGCAUCAUCAGCAAUACCAUCAUCAGCCGGUGCCACAAUCGCCAUCGAAAAAUCUUUGCGAUGCGGCCAUACAAACAGAAGAUCCCAAUGUUGGACAAUCGGAGGUUGAUUGUGCUCCUGCUGCUGCCGCUGGGGGUCAAUCUUCAAUUAAUUUGAAUCAACACGGCCUACGCAACACCAUGGACAUGGGUGUGAAGAGUGUUGCCGAGCAGGAGCAACAAGGGCCGCGCUCUCAUUCGGCUCCGCCACCGGAGCAACAGCAACAGAAUUUGCACUACCAGCAACAGCAACAGCAACCACAACCCGGACAGCAGUUUGGCACGCAGACAACACCACCGCCUCAAUUCCACAAGUCAUACUAUGCCCCACAGCAGCAGGCGCAUCCUCAGCAGCAUCAGCAGAAGCAACAGACGCCACCGCCUUCGCAACAGCAACAGCCGCAAACACCUGGCGGCAGUUAUAUACGAACUAUACCAAUCUUUGUGGAAGGUCGCUCGGAACCCAUUAUAAAUGCCCACAAGGAAAUACCCAAUCAAAAUGCUCCACCCAGUGCCCAGGCUCAGGCUCAGGCGGCCGCAUCUGCCCAGGCGGGUUAUUAUGCCCCACAACAACAACAACAACAACAACAGCAGCCACAGCAUUCUCAGCAUCAGCAACGUCCCACUCCACUUAAUACUCAUCAACAGCCGCAGGAGCAACAGCUUCAGUCCGAGGCAUCUGGCCUGCCACCACAGACUCCACACACCUUGGAUUCGAUCAAUAAGAUUCAGGAUAUUCAACGGGAUGUACUCGAUCUGAUGGCCAAGGUGGAGCAAUUCAAGGGCACACGUGAAGAGAAGGAAUAUGCCUAUCUGGAUGAGAUGCUCACGCGUAAUCUACUUAAAUUGGAUACCAUUGAUACCAAUGGCAAAGAUAGCAUUCGCCUGGCACGCAAAGAGGCCAUCAAAUGUAUUCAGGCUUCCAUUAAUGUGCUGGAGGCCAAGGCUGAGGAGAAUGCCAGAAUGGCAUCUGGAACAGAUGCUCCAGCUGCAGUUGCAGUUCCAGCACCAGAGCAAGCAGAGGCUGCCACAGAGGCCCCAUUAACUUCAACAUCAUCAACGCCAGCAACACCAACACCAGCAGCAGCAGCAGCAGAGCCGUCCACACCACAGCCAAUGGAUGCUACAAAAAUCCAAGAGCCAAUUCCUCUGCCACCGCCACCAAGUGCUGCCGCUGGUGCGGAGACGCCAGCUUCCGCGCAAUUGGAGACAACAUCAACGACGUCCGAAUGAUGAACACAUCGCCUCUAUAAGGCGACCGUUUCGAAACAGCUACUACGCAAAUUAACCAAAUUCAAAUAAUGAUGAUGAUGAUAAAGAUGAUGGCAAAUUCGUUCGACCCUCCUGUGACCAUCUACAAUCCAUCCUUAAUUCUGGCCCAUUCUUUUUCUUUUUUUUUUUGAAUUUAUCCAACGGACAAACGACAAUUGAAUUUUUUAAAGAUUUCUAGCUUCUUUUUUUCUUCUGUCUUUAUUUACUAUCUAUAAUUAAUACCAAAAGAUAUAUCAUGAA